AGAGAGAGAAAGUAUGAGCAGAAGGUAUAAGCAAAGAAGAAGGCAUGCAAUCUCAACUCCAUUUUCAAAUAAAGUGAAGAAAAGGGAUGAUUUUUUUUGUUUAUUACUCCAUUUGAUGAAGCAUGGCAAAUCGGUGUUCAUAAAAAGAGAAAUCUUUCAAGGAUAAAUUGCAAUCUGAAGAAUUAAGUUACUACGAGACAAAUGUGGGUGUAAAGAGAUAGGAACAGUUGGGUUUAGUAGGAGUGAAAGAAGAGAGAGAGUAAAAGGAAGAGGAGUAAUCAAAUUUGCCAAAUGUAAGUCGGAUAUUGGGGAAAGCCACUCUAAAGCGCGGCUCAAUCAAUUUUUCUCUUAUGGGUUUUGAAAGUUGAUAUCCCAUCGAUAUAACCCAAAGUCGGCCCUCAUUUCCUUCUUUCUUUUCAAGAAUCCUCUUUCUCUCUUGCCCUAAUUUCUACCUCGUAAAGCGUCCCCUGCUUACUUCUCCCUGCGGCGGAGAAUGCUGAACAUUUCCUUCUAACAGAUUUUGUCUGUAACUAUCUGGGAUUGAGCAUUGAGCUAAGCUGAUUGUGACAUAUCUUUCUUAGUUCAUAUCUAUCUAUCUAUAUCUGCAUUCUAGAGUGGACCACCAACCAACCAAACAAGAUGCUACUUGGGAAAGAGAUUGAAAAUCUACAUGAUGAUGCUUUUGAUGGUUCAGUGAGUGAGAAAGGUGUUAUCUCUAAGGUUUUUCCUGGAAAUGAAUCCAACAAAACUGGUAAGAAGUCUUCAGGCGCUGGAAUUUCUAAACUCAACUUCAAUCCAGUUAAACCAAUGCGAAAUUUGCGUUCUUUAUCAGCUAGGAAUAAUGAGAUAGUUAAUGAGAUAGCUAUGCCUGAAAAGAAAAUGAAGCUGUCUAAUAAUGAACCUUCCAAAGACGAUAAGAAAUUAUCUUUUUGUCUAGUUGAAUCGUCUACUUUUGGAGUUAUCUCUAGCCACCUUUUGCUUAGACCACUCAAUGGUUCUGAAGAUGCUAAUGGGACAGAUAUUAGUGCAAGUUCACUCAUAACCAACGAAAGUAUCAUCGAACUAUUCGAAGACAACCACCCCCGACUCUUCGUAUCGAAUAAAGUUAAGAGUGGUGCUCUUAAGAACUCGAUUGAACAGAUAAGGACAACUAAAGGUCAACUUACGUUGAAAAAAGGCAAAUGUAGGCUUCAAGUGAAUAGUAGGGAAAAGAGUGUGAAAUAUGCAGAGGAAAAAUGGUGCAUUUCUAUGGAGAGAACAAUCUUAUCUUGGAUGAUUGGUUCUCGAGUUAUUUCUAUCAAUGAUGGUGUGCACUAUAGGAAUGUAAUAGAUGGCAGUGUGGUUAAGAAGGGUUUAGUUAUUCAAGAAGGUAUACUUUGUGAGUGUUGUUGUAAAGUAUUUUCUCUUUCGAAGUUUAAGCUGCAUGCAAGUCUGAGGUUAGACUGUCCUGAGUUAAAGCUUUUCAUGAACUCCGGAAAACUGUUUAGUUUGUGCCAACUUGAUGCCUGGUUAGCUGAAUAUAAGGCUAGUAAAGCUGGACAUCAAACGAUUCAAGUUGAGGAUAUUGAUGAGAACGAUGACAGUUGUGGCUUGUGUGGAGAUGGCGGUGAAUUAAUCUGCUGCGAUAAUUGCCCAUCUACCUUUCAUCAGGCUUGUUUGGCUGCACAGGAAUUUCCCGAAGGCAAUUGGUACUGUUCGCGUUGCAUAUGUUGGACUUGUGGAGAUCUCGUAAAUGAAUCUCUGGAAUCAUCUGGUGCAUUGAAAUGUUCACUGUGUGAGCACAAAUACCACAAAACAUGCUUUAAGGGGGACAAUGCUGAUGUAGAUAUGAAUUCGAAUGUCUGGUUCUGUGGUAACAGUUGUCAGGAGGUCUAUUUAGGGCUUAAUACCCUUAUGGGACGUUCAAAUAUCAUCUCUGAUAAUUUCUCUUGGACUCUGCUUAAGUGCAUUUUGGGGGACCAAAAAGAUGAACAAAUGUUUGAUUUAAUGGUGGAAUGCAAUUCAAAACUAGCUGUUGCCAUUACAAUCAUGGAAGAAUGCUUUCUUGCCAUGUUGGAUCCCAGAACCGGAAUAAACAUGAUUCCCCAAUUAGUUUACAAUUGGGGGUCAGAAUUUGCUAGACUUGAUUACCAUGGAUUCUACACAGCAAUUCUCGAGAUGGAUGAUGUUGUGACUGCUGUGGCAUCAAUCAGGAUUCAUGAAGCUAGAGUUGCGGAAAUGCCUCUUAUAGCAACUUGCGACAGAUAUCGUCGACAAGGAAUGUGUCGUCGACUCAUGGAUUGUAUUGAAAAGAUGCUAUAUUCUUUGAAAGUUGAGAUGUUUGUGAUAUCGGCUGUUCCUAGUUUGGUUGAGACUUGGGUAAAUGGUUUCAGCUUCCAACAUAUGGAUGCCAUCGAGCGCAGGAGUCUGAGCGAUGUAAACUUGAUGGUUUUUCCAGGAACCGUUUGGCUGAAAAAGCAAAUUUACAUUACUGAAGCUGGAUCAUGCAAAGAGUUUGACAAUAGUGGAGACAUAGGAAAAGAGUUGAAUUUUAUGGAGCUUUCAACUGAAGAAAUUGCUUCAUUGGAAGAUGAUGGAAAUGGUGGUGCAGGAGAUCGCAAUCAUCCCAUAGAUGUUGAGGAUGAAGAUGGUGAAGAAAAUGGUUAUAAUGAGAGAAAAUCUUCACCAAGUGAGUAGAGUAGACUUAUGUUUAUGGGGGAAAAAACAUAGGUAGAGGGAGAGAAAAAGGAAAGAUAAAUUUUAAAUUAAAAGAAUUUAAAGUCUUCAUCAAUGUAUACUACAAAUGUUGUGAAAUUGAUUGGAGUAGAAUGAAUAAUAGACCUUAGACUU